AUGGCCAGAGGUAACCAAAGAGAAUUGGCAAGACAAAAGAAUCUGAAGAAGCAACAAGAAAAUGCCAAAAAUCAAAAAAAAGGUGGUGAUGUUUUGAAAAGAAUGGAAUCUGAUGCAGAGAUCUUAAGACAGAAGCAAGCUGCUGCAAACGCAAGAAAGGAAGCUGAAGCUUUAGAAAAGCUAAAAACAAGAAAAGGCUAG